CUCUCUCUCUCUCUCUCUCUCUUUCUCUCCUCCUCUCUCUUUUUCUCUCUCUUUCUUCUCCUUCAAAUCGAAACCAAAAUACCCCAUCUUAACAACAACUAAAAAGUCUUCCUUUAUAGUCCUACGAAAAGGGUGAAAAAAGGGAGGAAAAAAAAAAAACAGAGAAGACGAUUUCUCUUUAAGGCGUUGAAGACUCUAAACCAUGUCAAACAAGUCCCCAAUAUUUCCGAUGCCAGAACCUCAACAUUUCAGCGACUAUGGCUUCGACCCUCAAAUCGACUACUUUCAGGUCUUGGAAGAAGCGAGGAAGCACAAGAGAGAAACGACAAGAUCCAUAGACUCCAUACACUUCAAGCUCCAAAAACCCGUCUCAAAAGACGAUUCAAAGAAAUCCCAGAAAGGGAGAAAGAAGAAGUGGUGGAGAACCGCCCUGUUCUUCUUCAAGUGGAAAUGGACUCAUCACCAUGAUCAUCAUUGUCAUCAUGGCUUUGAAGAUGUUCAUCAAGCGAGGGCCAAGGCCUUUAGGGCCUCAAUCUCGGGCCCAGUUUACAUCACGGAAAGCAGAAGUGGGUCCACCACUCCUGGCCGGAGAACCAACGGGCCGUCGUCGGGACCACUCGCCGGAACUUUGUCGCCGUCGAACAGGGAUGAGCUGGACAUUCCUUAUCUCAGCCUAAGGCAGCUUAAUAUGGAACACCAACAUAGAGUCUCUACUUCUGCCAUGCCCAUUUACUUGGUCACUUAGAGUUGUUUGUUUGAUGCUUUUAAAUUUUUA